AUGUGCCGCCUCGACCAACCCACACCCCGCACCGACGUCCCACUGGCAUCCGACACCCCCUCGCCCGGCCGUCCCGCCUUCACCGCGCGCCGCCUCACGCCCACGACGUUCCUGAUCACCGAGUUCGACGACAUCUACUACGAGCACCCCUUCAUCUACGUCAAGAUCGUCCCCGCCGCGCGCACACUCCUCCUGCUCGACACCGGGUGCGGCGGCGCGACGCGCACCCCCGAUGCGUCCUUCACGCGCUUGCGCGACUUCAUUGAAUGUGCGCCGGUCGCGGACAACGGGGGGCGGGCGCUGAAUGAGGGCGGGGAGUUGGCGUACGUUGUGGUGCUGAGCCAUUGCCACUUUGAUCACAUAUUGGGUGUCGAGCAGUUCGCGGGCGACUCGUUGAUCAUCGCAUCCGGGAACGACCCGGCCUUCAUCGCACCGGAUGUCCUCCCCGAGCAUUCCAUCUGUGCAGACCUCGAGAUCCGAACGCCCUCGUAUACGCCCACCCUCCUACCGCACCGGGCUCCGAUCGUGUCCGCAUAUGGUGUCCCCCUCGGUGUCGAGCUUCUGCAUACCCCGGGGCAUACACCCGACGAGUUGGCGCUGUGGGAUGAGGAGGAAGGCAUGCUAUACGUGGGAGACACCCUAUACGAGCACGAGCCGAUCAUCUUCCCGAAGGAGGGUAGUAUUAUCGACUGGCUAGGCACCAUCGACAGCCUCAUUCAGCUGGUCGAGGGCUCGAAGAGAGUGUCGGCGGUAGGGAUCGGCUGCGGGCACAGGACGGCGGGGGGAGGCGCACAGGAGGUUCUCCUGUCGACGAAGGCUUUCAUGUUGGACGUACUUGCGGGGAGGGAGGAGGUCAAGAGCCGGUUGGAGAGGAGGGGCGAGGUAAACGUUAAGUACGCGCAGAGUGGGGGUCGGUAUAGCUUGAUAUGCCCGGAACGUCUUGUAGAAGAGGCCAGGAAGGCAACCAACUGUGAAGUUGGAGUAUAA